UCUCUCUCUCUCUCAGACUCCCAGUUUCCUAUAGAUAUCUUGUCAGUGAAGAGGGACCAUGACUUCUUGGACAGGGACCUGGUGGAACCUCUGUGUCGACGUCUUAACACUCUGAACAAGUGUUGCUCCAUGAAACUAGACGUCAGCCACCCCAGGAAGAAAACUGAUGAUUCAGACGACGAUGACCCGCUAGCCAUCAGUAAGAGAUGGACCUUUGAAUGGAACAGCCGGCGCUGGUCCCGCCUCCAGGACAUGCACUUCCUGCUGGGCUCGCCCAAUGAGAGCAGUCCUGAGGGGUGCCAGGGGGAGGGGCGACUGAGGAGCACAGUGAGCAGUGAGAGCGUCCUGACGGACCUGAGUGAACCAGAGAUCACGGAUAUAUCCUCUCUGCACAGUCAAGACUCUCUGGGAGCCAUGCUUCCUGACUCUGUCUCUAUGGUCUCACUGGCAGGACCCUACCAGCCCCCAAGAGACCUGUCCCACUACAACUCUCUACCAAUCAAAAGCAGCCGUCACGGCCAGGGAGGGCGGAGUCCGGCAAAGGCCUUCCUGCGUCGCAUGGAGAUGAUGCGUACCUGGGGGCCGUCCUCCAAGAGGAAGUCAGGAAGUGGGCGGGCGCCGCUCGUCAUCAGUGGGCCGGUCCUACAUGGGGAGGAGCCCCAGGCAUUACAGAUGCUCCACUGUGUUCCCAUCAAUCAAUCAGAGGACAGUCCUCAUCCUCCCUACCAAUCAGAUGACAACUCGUCCCAUAUCGCCCUCGGUAAUGGCAGCAAGGGCCAAUCGGUGACGAGCGGUGUGAGUUCCAUGCGUCCCUGUGUGAAGGAGUCUGUCUCCAAGCCUAAAAGAGGAAGUAUGUACCUGGAAGACAUGGAGCUGCUCUCUGGCGCCCCCCAUGUUCGGAGGACUGAAGCACAACAGAGCCCGUUCAGCAGGAACCACUUCCGUUCAUACGAGGACCUGCUGGUCCACAUCCCCAAGAACCACAAACCAGGCACCUUCCCCAAAGCCUUGUCUAUAGAGAGUCUAGCCACAGCCACCAACCACCAGCACCAGACCCCUUUUCCCUCCCCACUCCACCCCAGCAAAGGCUCCCCCUGGACGGGUACGGUUCUGUCCAAGAAGCCUCCCUGUCCUGGAGCUCCACGGGGCAGCAGGGUGAGUGUGUAUGACAACGUCCCCGGGUCUCACCUGUACGCGUCCACAGGUGACCUGCUGGAUGUGGACCGAGACGAUCACCUGUUCCCCCACCUGGAUGACAUCAUCAGUCACGUCAGCGGCCUGCAGCAGAUUGUAGACCACUGGAGUCGCAGCAUGCUGACGGAGGGUGGGGUGGGGGAGGAGGGGGAGGCAGGGGAGGGAAAGAGGGAGGGGAGGACCACGCCCAGGGAGGGGGAGGGAGAGGGGAGGACCACGCCCACUGAGGGAGAGAGAGACGGGGUCUCCCUGAUUGACAUAGAGUCUACAGGGACCAGAGAGAGGAGAGACUCUGGAGUAGGAGCUUCCCUUACCAGACCACGUCUGCGGUGGCCGAGCUUCCGCCUCUCUGAAAAUCUGCGCCAAUCAGGCUCCGCGCUGCAGAUCAGUAGCCAAUCAGCAGGCCAGCUCAGCCUGCUCCAGAAGUUCUCUCUGCUCCGACUCACAGCCAUCAUGGAGAAUUACUCCAUGUCUAACAAACACGGCUGGACCUGGUCUGUCCCUAAGUUUAUGAAGCGUUUGAAGGUCCCUGACUACAAGGAGAGAAGUGUGUUUGGUGUUCCCCUCAUCGUUCACACACAGCGCUGUGGUUACCCUCUACCUCUUUGUCUACAGCAGGCCCUGAGACAUCUCAGGACGCACUGUCUUGACCAGGUGGGUCUGUUCCGUAAAUCUGGUGUGAAGUCUCGUAUCCAGGCGUUGAGAGAGGAGUGUGAGACCAGUCCUGACAGUGUGUGUUACGAGGACCAGUCAGCGUACGAUGUAGCAGACAUGGUUAAACAGUUCUUCAGAGACCUUCCUGAACCUCUACUGACCAGCAAGCUGGGAGAGACCUUCCUACACAUCUACCAGUAUGUCCCUAAGGAGCAGAGGUUGCAGGCCGUGAGGGCGGCCAUCUUGCUGAUGUCAGACGAGAACAGGGAAGUGCUCCAGACGCUGCUCUGCUUCCUGCGUGAUGUCACUUCCUGUGUAGAGGAGAACCAGAUGACCCCUAUGAACCUGGCUGUGUGUCUGGGCCCCUCCCUGUUCCACCUCAACAUACUGAAGAAUGACAACCUGUCCCCCAGGUCGAUCCAGAAGAAGUAUGCUACGGGCCGUCCGGACCAGAAGGACCUGAGUGAGAACCUUGCCGCCACACAGGGCCUGGCUCACAUGAUCACUGAGUGCCAGCACCUGUUUGAGAUCCCACAGGACAUGGUAAGCCGGUCCCAUAACUCCUACAUGGAGGCUGAGUUACUAGCGCCCCCUCUGGACGAGCUGCGUAAGACACAUGACGAGGAGGACGAGGAAGAGGAGGAGGAGGAGGAGGAAGGAUCCUACCACACACACAUGGAGGGGCUGGUCCAGGGACUACUAAAAGAGGCCAGAGACAACAGCAAAGGAUGGGUAUCCCGGGCUACCACUGACCACACUGAACUGGCCUGCAAAAAGGUGGGUGAUGGUAACCCACUGCGGCGGUGGCGUGUGUGUGUGGAAGUGUGUGCGAAGCCCAGUGAGGUGUUGGAGAGGCUACUGCGGGAGCGCCCCCUGUGGCAGACAGAUGUACUGCAGGAGAAGGUUCUGGUUACCCUGGGCAGACAGACAGACAUCUACCAGUACAGCUUGCAGAGCAUGGCCCCACACCCCAACACUGACUACGUAGUACUGAGGUCGUGGCGUAGCAGCAUUUCUAAGGGUUGCUGUGUGUUGGUGUGUGUAUCAGUGGACUAUGAGGACAGUCCAGCCAUGGUAUCAGUCAGAGGAGUGAUUCUAGAAUCACAGUACCUUCUAGAACCCCACGGAACCGGGAAGUCCCGACUCACACACAUCUGCAGAGUCGAUCUGAAGGGUAGGUCUCCAGAGUGGUACAACAAGGUGUUUGGUCACCUGUGUGUCUCUGAGGCCCAGAGGAUCCGUUCCUCCUUCCUCCCUCCAGACCCCCCAGGCACCGAGACCAAGAUCUGAACCCCAGGACCAGGGCAUGAGGCUGGGCUACACCGCCAGGGAGCACGGCCCCAAGGACCAGAAGACCAGAGAGAAGUUGCUGUAAAAAAACGCAGGAGAACAGGACGGCUAGAACCGUGGACCUUCGAAGCUUGGACCUAGAUUCAUGGACCUAGAAACUUGAACAAAAGGGCUAGUUCCAUGGACCUAGAACCAGGGACCUUAGAACCAGGGAACCGGGGAAGCAGGAGGGAAGACUAGUUUGACCUAUAACUAGGAACCAGGGUUCUGGAUGCAGCGACCUAGAACCAGGGAACAACGACUGGUGAUAUAAAAUGUAGAACCAGGAAAUAUGGAACAAUCUAUCAGGGAUUCUUAAACUAUUUCAGAAAUUGUCCUCCCAUGACCCAAAUCGUCCUCCAACGACCCAAGUUAAGAAGAAAUAGUGUGUGAUGAUAGAUGUAUUCUUAUAACUCACGACCCACCUAUCACUUGCCCAGGGGCCCACUUUGGGUACCGACCCAUAGUUUAAGAAACUCUUUUCUAAACCUUGGAACCAGAGAUUUGGAACAAUCUAAUGUAGAACCAGUGACACUGAACAAUAUUGAACUUGGAACAAGGGAUACGGAACGAUCUAGAACUUUGAACCAGUGACACUGAAUAAUCUAUAAUUCAGAUCCAGGAAUAUGGAAUGUUCUAGAUUGAACUUGAAGACAGAUCUGGGCCCAGAUUCACAAAACAUUUCUUACGCAAAAAAACAUAAUAAGUUCAUAAGAUGUGCAAUUCCUCCACAAUAUUUUAAGAUUUAAUCAUUCUCUUACGAACUCCUCAAAUAUCUUCAUACAAAACUUCUUAAAAUGUGUGUUGCUAGGCAACCGGUUUAGCUAGCUAUCUAGCUAACAACAGUAAUCAUGUUAGCAUAUUUCCUACUGAGAUUACUGUUCUUCAACAUGUUUUUUUGGUUUAAAAUAAUCAAUACUGAAACUUUCAGAUGAAGUUUGUGAAUGAAUUAAACAGGUUCAAUUUGCUUUCAUGAGAUUUUUCUCUCACUGCCCAGAGUUUAACACGAGGGUUUAGCUAUCUUGGAAUUAAGAACAUUUCCUAAAACAUCCCAAAACUGUAUUUUAAAGAGUCUAAUUUCUUCUUAACUUUUUUGCUUCAGGAGAUUUUUUUUUUAAAAACACCCAUAACAUUUCUUAAUAAACUUUUUGAGAAAUAUCAACUUUGCUUAAUUUUCUUCAUAAAUUUACAGUUAAGGGAAAAAAUGGCAGUUGAAAGGUCAUUUCUUCUUAAUUAAAGAAGGUUUUGUGAAUCUGGGUCCCUGGUUCGUAAAGCUUUAUCUCUGCUCUCAGCAUCACUGUCAGUUUAAACUACUACUACUAUUAUUAUUAUUAUUAUUAUUAGUUCAUUCAUCUGUAUUGUCUGCGUUAAUUAUAUUAUUAUUGUGUUAUUGUUAUUAUAAUAUUAUGACCUCAUCGUUGUUGUUGUAUAAUCGUUGCUUUUUAAAAUAUUUUUUUAUCCUGUUAUACAAUGUCUAGGACAUUUAUCCAUUUCACUGCUUCUGGGAAGCGUGUGUGCGUGUGUGUGUGUGCAUGUGUGUGUGUGUGCGUGCAUGCGUGCGUGCGUGCGUGUGUGCGUGUGCGUGUGCGUGUGUGUGUGUGUGUGUGUGUGUGUGCGUGCAUGUGUGCGUGCGUGCGUGCGUGUGUGUAUGUGUGUGUGUGUGUGUGUGUGUGUGUGUGUGUGUGUGUGUGUGUGUGCAUAUAUGUGUGUGUGUGUGCACGCGUGCGCGUGUGUGUGUGCAUAUGUGUGUGUGUGUGUGCGUGCAUGCGUGCGUGCGUGCGUGUGUGCGUGCGUGCGUGUGUGUGUGUGUGUGUGCUAGUCUGUACACACAGUGUAAAUAAGUGAUGCUCUCUGUACCAGCAGAUGAAAAUAUAUCUCAUUGCCCAUCAGGACUUUAUCAUAUUGAUAUGCUGAUGUUAUGGUCAUUUCACAUGUCCUGAAGCAAUACAGUAACUAUCUAAUGUAUUAUAAUAUAACUGUGCCACGCCGUUACCGUGACGAUACUAAGCUGUUGUAUAAUGCUGUACUGUAUUGCCAUAGCAGUGCCAUCGCCAUGACGAUACCAUGGUGUUAGGUUGCUGUAGGGUUGACUUGGUGUUGCUGUAGGAUCACCAUGGUAAUUGCCACGGCGUUACUAUGGUGCCGCUAAACCGUAACGUUGCUAUGGUGUUGCUACAGUACCGCCAUGCUCUGUGAGUGCUGUUUGCGUGGGAACAGUGUACUUGAUUCUGACGUGAGCCAUAGGGGAUUAUGGGUAAAUGUGAGGAGAUAGCUGAGGAGAUUAGAGGAGGACAGGGUGGCUGACACCAGACUUUAACUUAGUCUGUUCCCAGACCUGUUUAUGAUUUCAGAGGACAACAGAGUGGCUGACACCAGGCUUUAACUUAGUCUGGUCCCAGGCCUGUUUAUGCUUUCAGAGGACAACAGAGUGGCUGACACCAGACUUUAACUUAGUUUGUUCCCAGACCUGUUUAUGCUUUCAGAGGACAACAGGGUGGCUGACACCAGGCUUUAACUUAGUCUGUUCCCAGACCUGUUUAUGAUUUCAGAGGACAACAGGGUGGCUGACACCAGGCUUUAACUUAGUCUGGUCCCAGGCCUGUUUAUGAUUUCAGAGGACAACAGGGUGGCUGACACCAGGCUUUAACUUAGUCUGGUCCCAGGCCUGUUUAUGAUUUCAGAGGACAACAGAGUGGCUGACACCAGGCUUUAACUUAGUCUGGUCCCAGGCCUGUUUAUGCUUUCAGAGGACAACAGAGUGGCUGACACCAGGCUUUAACUUAGUCUGGUCCCAGGCCUGUUUAUGCUUUCAGAGGACAACAGAGUGGCUGACACCAGGCUUUAACCUAGUCUGGUCCCAGGCCUGUUUAUGCUGUCAUGACAACUCCUUGUUGCCAUUGUCCUCCGCCAGGUGGCUUCAUUCCUAGAUGACAUGCAGUCCUCAAUCAGUCAAUGCAGACAGAAUCAUAGCGCUAUCUGAUGUAAGACAAUGCCUUGUCGGAGACGGCACAACCUUUUCUGGAACCAGGCUCAACAAGGUCAAUGACAACAGGACCAGACCUGGAACCAGGCUAAGGUCAAUGACGGGACCAGGUCUGGAACCAGGUUUAUGACAACAGGGCCAGAUCUGGUACCAGGUUUAUGUCAACAGGGCCAGAUCUGGUACCAGGAUUAUGUCAACAGGACCAGAUCUGUUCCUGUUGGUCUGGUACCAGGUUUAUGUCAACAGAUCUGGUACCAGGUGUAUGUCAACAGGGCCAGACCUGGUACCAGGUUUAUGUCAACAGGGCCAGAUCUGGUACCAGGUUUAUGUCAACAGGGCCAGAUCUGGUACCAGGUUUAUGUCAACAGGGCCAGAUCUGGUACCAGGUUUAUGUCAACAGGGCCAGAUCUGGUACCAGGUUUAUGUCAACAGGGCCAGAUCUGGUACCAGGUUUAUGUCAACAGGGCCAGAUCUGUUCCUGUUGGUCUGGAACCAGGUUUAUGUCAACAGAUCUGGUACCAGGUGUAUGUCAACAGGACCAGUUCUGGAACAAGGUUUAGGUCAACAGGACCUGUUCUGGUACCAGGUUUAGGUCAACAGGGUGGAAGAUACAAGGCUGUUUGUUUCUUCAGGGGAGAAUAAAACUUCAAAAAAAUACAACUGG